AUCUAGCCAAUUUAGCUAUCAUUUGUCACCUUCAUCACCUUUGCUUGCCUGUUUCUCACAAGCCACCUCAGCAACAGCAGGCAUUAAGAAACUUGUUACUUUUUCUGAGAGAUAAUCAGUAUUAUGAUGAAGUCUUGGCAUUGACAUUGGCAGCAGGGGCAUGGCGAUGGGAAACGUUGCAGUACCUGGCUGCAUCUCGUGGGCUUUAUGUGGAAAAGUUACGUGUACUCUUAGCAUCACAAGUUUCCCCUGUGCUUGAUUCUUUGCGAAUUGACCAAGUAAUUGGUGUGGGAAGUGAAAGUGGUAUACUGCCAUUAGCUCGUGAAAGGGAGGCUGGGUACUUGCACUGUGUAUCUGAUCCUGAGUUAAGACAAGUUCUUUUAAGCAAGCCUUCCUUAGCAAGAAUGCAUAUAGCUUUAGUCCUUGGAUUACUAGCAACCCUUGAAAUUCCUUCUGUCAUUCGUCGGUUAGCAGAUCUCUACAAAUCCAUCUCAUCCAGCAAUUAGACCAUUUUUACAAACCACAAAUGGAAAGAAACAGACUUUUCCUCCACUUUCAUCAAUGGUUCACAAUUCAAGCCUCCACUCUUUUGGAAGUGAUGAACUGUUAUCAGUAGAGGCUUUUGUAGAAGUGUUUUUAGCCAUUGUGAUUCAACUAAACAGGAAACGAGGUUGGAAGUACAACCCUGAUCUCCUGACUCACAAAGUGGACUGUGGAAAAGAGGUAGUUCCAGUCCCAGUUGAUAAAAUUCGUUUGCCGUGUGCUGAGCUGCGGUUAUGGUCAUACAUCUGUGAUAAUUGGUAGUACUACAUACACAUGGGGUAUCCCAGAUUAUGGGGUUUUGGGUCACGGACCACGUUCUACAACAAAUCAUAGACUUUAUGCUGGAAUUAAUGUGUCUGUGCCAGAAGAG